UGUCUCUGAUGGAAAAACCAAAUCGACCACAACGCAAUCGUCGUCACAGUAGACGUGCCUGGCCACCAGAAGAUGAUUUACAUUAUCCACGAGCAGCCAAACGCCUUUUCACUCCCGAAAUCAAGCGAAUGCUAAAAGAAUGGCUGGUGCGAAGACGUGAAAAUCCCUAUCCCAGUAGGGAGGAGAAAAAACGCCUUGCCAUAGAUACAGGGCUGACAUAUACCCAAAUUUGUAAUUGGUUUGCCAAUUGGCGUCGUAAAUUGAAAAAUGCCGAAAGAGAAAAGUCAAAGAAGUCCUGGGGUCAUCUUAUCAAAAACUACAAUACCAAUGCCAAGGGUAAUGUCGAACAAUUUAGUAUAUCAUCGGAGGAUAGCAUAUGGGAAGAGGAGGAACAACAAUAUCGACGUCACCAGCAUAGUGAUAACGACUAUGAGGAUGAUGAUGACUUAGAUUCAAUGUGUGAUCUAGAUGGUUCAAGUGGUAGUGGUUCGACAGAUACCACAACAACGGAACGUAAUGACAACGGUAGCGGAUGCAGUACAAUAAGCAGUAGCAUUGGCCAAAGUGAUUAUCACUCAAUGGAUAUGCAUCAAAAUAGGAAUGGCUAUACCACUCUGACUUUACACAAUGAUCCUAGUGAUUUGUUUAUAGGACGUGAGGUAGAUGUGCUCACGACAAAUGCCACCUGUCAAAUAACACAGAGUGCUGCAAGUGCGGGUACUAAAACCAAAUACAAACAGAAAAUGAUGGAAAAAUAUUUAAGAGAUACUUAUGAUACAACGACACCACCGACCAUCUCACCCACCACCACAAUGGUACAUAUUGAUUAUAGUGGACAGCCAGUAACAUCGGAUAGUGGGCAACAUGCCACCGCCACAGUAUAUUGUAAUGCUACGAAUACAACAAUUAUUAAAUCGGGAGCAGAGUUAUCCAAAUGGUUGGAAAGUGCUGCGAAAUUUACACCAAAUAAAAAUAACUAUUUCAUUGAGUGGAAUAGUAAAAGAAACAAAAACGAUAAGAAACCCAUAUUGGUGACAACAACGACAACAAAAUCAUUACAAAUAACAAAUUCAACAACCACUCCAAAUACGCAGGCGCAUCACCAUCUACCAGACAACGACCAUACGGAUCAUAUCUAUAAUUCCAUUCAUCAUAAAGAUGAAUUGGAUGCCGCUGAGGCCCUGGCUAAUUUGGCGUUUAAUUGUCGCCAGCGGAUGAUGGAUGCAAAUGUUAAAGCGGGCUGUGGUAAUACAUUUCAACGGCCCCUAAAUGCAAUAAGUUCCUAA